CGAUCCCCCGUGUAAGAGUGAGGUGGAGGAGGACAUUCCAGUCCAUGUGACCACAGGAAAUUCCAGUAAGAAGUCUGAUGGGAACGUAAUGCUAAAUUAUAAAGUAGAAGAUAAAGAUAUCAUGCAGCGCUCUUCAAACCUCAUUACCCGAAAUGUAACUCCAGGAUCUUGCAAUAAAGAUCUGUCAUAUAAUCUCCCUAAUCAUGAGGAACCUUCUCCUGACCAAUCAGAGAUUGUUACCACAAGUACCGGGCAGAAAGGGACUAGAAGGUAUCAGUGUGGAGAAUGUGGAAAACUAUUUACAAGUAGAUCAAAUCUUUGUACUCACAGAAGAAUUCACACAGGGGAGAAGCCAUAUUCCUGUUCAGAAUGUGGAAAAUGUUUUAUUACUAAAGCCAAGCUCAAGUAUCAUCAUAGAAUUCACACAGGGGAGAAACCAUUCACAUGCUCAGAAUGUGGUAAAUGUUUUACCCGUAAAUCAGGUCUCAAUCAACAUGAGAAAACUCACACAAGAAAGAAACCAUAUGUAUGUUCAGAAUGUGGGAAACGUUUUAAAAAUAAAACAGAACGCAUUAGACAUGAGAGAAUUCACAAAGGAGAGAAGCCAUUUUCAUGUUCAGAAUGUGGGAAAUUCUUUAUGCUGAAAUCAAGUCUUAUUACACAUACAAAAACUCACACAGGAGAAAGGCCAUAUUCUUGUUCAGAAUGUGGGAAAUCCUUUUUGCUGAAAUCACGUCUUAUUACACAUACAAGUAUUCACACAAGAACGAAGCCAUAUUCAUGUUCAGAAUGUGGGAAAUCCUUUAUGCUGAAAUCAAGUCUUAUUACACAUAAGAGAAUUCACACACGAGAAAAGCCAUAUUCAUGUUCAGAAUGUGGGAAAUGUUUUGUGCUAAAAUCAAAUCUUGUUACACAUGAAAGAAUUCACACAGGAGAGAACCCAUAUUCAUGUUCAGAAUGUGGGAAAUGUUUUAUAGUUAAGUCAGAUCUUGUUGCACACAAGAGUUUUCACACAGGAAAAAAGCCAUAUUCAUGUUCAGAAUGUGGGAGAUGUUUUAUGGUAAAGUCAAAUUUUGUUACACAUCAGCGAAUUCACACAGGAGAGAAGCCGUAUUCAUGUUCAGAAUGUGGGAAAUGUUUUACAAAUAAAUCAAGUCUAGGAAAACAUGAGAGAAUCCACACUGGAGAGAAACCAUAUUCAUGUUCACGCUGUGGAAAGUGCUUUACAAAUUAUGCAAAUUUCAUCACCCAUGAGAGAUUUCACACAGGGGAGAAGCCAUUUUCAUGUUCACAUUGUGGGAAACACUUUACAGAUAAAUCAAGUCUUGUUAAACAUGAGAGAACUCACACAGGAGAAAAACCAUAUUCAUGUUCAGAAUGUCAGAGAUGUUUUGCAGAUAAAUCAAGUCUUAUUAAACAUAAAAGAAUUCACACAGGAGAGAAACCAUAUUCAUGUUCAGAAUGUGGGAAAUGUUUUACGACCAAGUCUAAUCUUGUUAUUCAUCAGAGAAUUCACACAGGAGAGAAGCCAUUUACAUGUUCAGAAUGUGGGAAAUGUUUUACAAAUAAAUCCAGUCUUGUUACACAUGAGAGUAUUCACACAGGAGAAAAACCUUAUUCAUGUUCUGAAUGUGGGAAAUGUUUUCGACUAAAAUCAGGUCUUUUUGUACAUGAGAAAAUUCACAGAGGAGUGAGGCCAUAUUCAUGUUCAGAAUGUGGAAAAUGUUUUAUUAGUAAAACCAAACUUAGGGAACAUCAGAGAAUUCACACAGCAGAGAAGCCAUUUUGAUGUUCUGUCUUCACAUGGAUAAUUUCCACAAAGAAGCCAUAUUGAUGUUUGUAUUGAGGAAAAUGCUAUCAGAAAAAAUAAAGACAUUUAAACACA